ACAGCCGGGCCAAUAAAAGCAAGGCUCACUCCUGCUGCCGAGAACACUAUCCCCAUCCCCUACAGCACAGCCAGCUCCUUCUCCAGGGACCUGCCUGCCAUGAAGCUUCUUUUUCUGUUUCUUGCCAUCCUUCUGGCCAUGGAACCAGUGGUGUCAGGCAGACGUUACCCCCUUCCAUGCAUGGGUAACAAGGGAGUGUGCAGAACCUCUUGCAAAAAGGAUGAACAAGCCUACCUCUAUUGCAAAAAUUAUCAACCAUGCUGCCUCCAGUCCUACAUGAGAAUAAGCCUGGUUGGCGGAGAGGAAAACAGCGACUGGGCCCGAGGGAACCGCUGGCCGUAAAUAGCUGGAGUGCUGUUGAUCACCAUCCUCAACCCCUCUGGGAGCUCAGACCUGCUGUCAAUCUCCCUCAUUAAAAUUCAUGCACCUGCCCCUCUUGUCUGUCUUUCAUUCACUGGGGAUCAUGGGGAGCAGAGACCAGGUUUUUCAUGGAGAGAUAUCUGUUCCAUUCUGGAUGUAACCCCGUGAGAGAGAAGGCCGGAAAACUGGAGUGACACUUAGAGUGAGUAUAGACAAGCCAGUGAAGAUGGGGAGAGAAUAGACUUGAGCCCAGUGGGGGGGAGUUGAAGGGUUUGGGCAGGCACGUGAUGUUGUGCAGUGUAGGACUCAGAGGGAGAUUAGAACCAGUAAGUAGGAUGCAUGGAGUAGUGGGUAGAGGUCUUGUGGAAAAAUUUUGCUUAGUUCAUGAAAGAGCCUCAUAACCAAUAGAGCUGUUGUAAAGUGGAAUAAGCUGCCCUAUCAAGGUUUCAGGUUGGGAAGCUGCAGGUCUGUUUGGUGGUCAUUGUAAAAUGAAUUUGAAUGUUGGACGCCGCUGGCCUUGAUGAUCUUUAAGAUCCUUUGUUGUUGUUGUUAGAUGCCAUCAGGUUGGCUCUGACUCAUAGCAACCCUAUGUAUAACAGGUCCUUUAAUUCCUAAUAAUCUAGGAGUCUUGUGCUCCCAGUUACAAGCAACACUAACUUUUAAAUAUAAAAUUGUCACUUUACUUUUUAUGGCUCACCCACACUAAUAUCUAAUUUUUCUAUCCAUAUUUAGUUGCAAAUUUUGUUAAAAGCAAAGUAACCACACUUGCCAAUUAUAUUUCUUUACUUCUCUGCCUCUCCUUAACUUGUUGUAACUUGCCUUUGUGCUUUUCAUUCUAUUGAACUGGCUCUGGCCAAGACUGCCAGUAGACCUCCUUUUUCAAAGUCUCAUGGAUCUUGCUCAACUUUUAUCUCCCUCUGCUUCUCUGUAGUAUUUCCAUCAUAGUUCAUUCCCUCCUUGAAAGCCUGAACUUCCAUGGCUUCUGUGACUUUGUUCUUUCUUUGUUUUCCUCCUAAAUCUGAGCUUCUCCUUCUGCGUUGUUUGGGGUUCCUCUUCUGUCAGUUGCAUCAUUACAUUCUUUUGGGUUUCUCUUCUCUUUUGAGAAUAAAGACUCUCCACAUUCCUAGGAAAAAGCUGACAAUUCUGUAGCCAUGAUAACAAGUAAAUACCUAUUCCCUCUCCCUUGCCAAGUGUUUUCAAGGAAAAUUGCCUAGUCUUGAACCUUGGUAUUCAGUGUAGAGAAAAAAAAUCACCACUGAGAAUUUACAACUU